AUGUUAAUAAGCCCCUAUAAAUACUAACAACAGCCACUCAGCGCCAGCAGCACGUCUCACUCGGAUUGCACAAUAAACAGAGGGCGCCUCGCCUCGCCUGCGAGUUUGUCGAUUUUUUUUCUCUUUCCUCGCCUCUUCUCUCUCUCCCCCCUUCCUGAAACCGGUUCCGUUUGCCAGCUGCCCCCCUCGCUGACGACUGGGGAGGAAGAAGCAGCAGCAGUAGGGGAGAAGCCACCGAAGACAAACAUGGCCCCGUCGGCUCGGCCCAGCAGCACCGAACUGGAUAUGGAAGAAGAUGAGUCCGAAUAUGGGAUUCAGAAAGCGGACAGAAAGACCAGGAAGCCUCUGGUGGAGAAGAAGAGGCGAGCGCGCAUCAACGAGAGUUUGCAGGAGCUGCGGACUCUGCUGGCGGACACAGACUUUCAUUCCAAGAUGGAGAACGCAGAGGUGCUGGAGAUGACGGUGAAGAAGGUGGAGGACGUGCUGAAGAACCGAAACCAAGAAACAGACGCACUCAACAGAGAAGCCAGUGAGAGGUUCGCCGCCGGCUACAUCCAGUGCAUGCACGAGGUCCACAUGUUCGUGUCCAGCUGUCCUGGGAUAGAUGCAACGGUGGCAGCGGAGCUCCUCAACCACCUGCUGGAGUGCAUGCCUCUGAACGAGGACCACCUCCAGGACGUGCUGAUGGAUCUCAUCACUGACACCUCCGGGAGUAACGGCAGCACUUGGCACGGCAGCGGCGAGACGCUCUGCGCCGACCUGGCCUCGCCUGGAGGAAGGAGUCUGACCAGCAGCUCCUCGGCCCUCUCCCCGGCACCCUCCACCACGUCCAGCGAGGACCUGUGCUCCGACCUGGACGAGACCGACAGCGAGCACAACCAGAGCUCCACUGAGAGCUUGGAGAACAGGGAGGCCCUGAGCAUGCCCACCAUGACCUACCCACGGUCCAUGUGGAGGCCCUGGUAGGGGUGUCGGGCUCGGAUGGGGUGCAUCUGGAGAUGUUGAAGCAGAGUUUGUCUUUUAAGCUGUUAAACUGGGCCUCUAACUGGAAAGGAAAAUUCCAACCGACGACACAUGACGUCUUUAAAACACUUACAUUUCAUGGCUCAUUCAGCCCUUCAGGUGACGGGCCACAUGCAUGGAUUUAUUCUGGAUUCCAGUCAAUAAUCAGAAAAGACGCAGAGGAACCAGUUCAUCCACUCAGCUAACCAAAAUGCAGCGAGAGCUGCAGAUCACCGUGCGUUUUCUGGAGGGACCGUGACUGUGGCUUUACUUUUCACCCACAAUGGAUUGCAUGCAUCCACUGCGUUGUGGGAAGUGGAGGACGUCACCCAGUGAAGUAGAAGUAGAAAGAGCCAGUUGAUGGAAUAUCAUUUCACCAGGAGAAAAAACACUGCUGAAGCGCUUUGGAUAUCACAGAAACAUCACAGAGUGCUGAAUGGUAGUUUACCUUUAUCUCAUUAUAGGGGCCCUUUCUCCGAAGGGCUUCUGCAGCUCGGGGCCUCCUGAAAGUCCUCCCCCCCCUCCUUCCCUUUUAGUCGCGACUCCCCCGGCUUUCAGUCCUCUGUUUUGACUUUUCCUAGACACCUGGAGCAAGAUGAAACCUCCCCUCUCUACACUCACUUAUAGCCCAACAAAGGACAGACAGAGGAACAGUUGAAAUUCACACUUUUUUGUGUCAGUAUCUCUGUGUAUAUAGGAUGUGGACGUGAAGAAAAGCUCUUUUAGAAACUGAGAAGUUUGGCAAUGCCUCCGAUUAAUAUAAAUAUUUCUAAUGUAUUUCAUAAGACCCGUAGUUUAUGACCAGUAGCCUCCUUCAGAAUGCUGUAAUAAUGUUUAGAAGUGCCAGGAAAAUGUCAAAAUUUGUUAAAUAAAAUAAUGUAAUUGAG